AUGGUACGUUACGCGCAGCGCCCGGCGCGUAACGCCGCCGCCCGCCUAAUCCUUUCUCUCGUCUCUCCGCAGAUCGUACUUUCGGCCGCGCUGCUGGCCGCCAUCGGCGCCGCCCGCUCGGAGGAGGCCGCCCGGAAGGAAGAAAAGGCGGAGGAGUCGGCGGCGGAAGACCUGAAGGAAGCGGAAUCCGGACACGGAGGAGGAGGAGGACACAGCGAGUAUUUCCAAUACGCCAGAGUGCCGGGUCACGACGAGUACGAGUUCGGAUACAGGAAGGGCAACCCCCACCACUUCCGCGAACGACACGAGCAGAAGGACGGCCAUCGAUUCCGCACCAAACUGAGAUGGGGAGACAAACACGGAGGUUACGGAGAACACUUCUGGGAGUACAACCACGUGCCCAAACACCACAAGGACCACCACCGUCGCUAGAAAACCCCUCGACUCUUCCCGUCCCGCUUGUAUAUAGUACGAAUCAUCGCUCUCCGGCCGUUUCGUCCGAUAAUAAACCUUAAUAUUUUCUCAUUCCUGC